UAAGGAAAACGCGUGAGAUUUGUUUUAUUUCUCCCUCCUCUCACCGAACUGUAGGGAGGAGGGAGGGUGAGGCAGAGACAGUCUGAGAUCUUCGGCUCAGGUACCUGUUAGAGCGCAGGAUGGUCGAGUGAUCAGAUUAAAGGUGUCAGGGUUUGUUAAUCUGGGAGGGAGGAACAGGCAGCGCCGCUUGCGCACGUUUCUCCAUUCAUCUGCGGCGACGGGAAAGCAAAGCAGAUUGGAUACUGACGCACAUCGGGGAAUUUCCCCCUCUUUUUUCUCUCUCUCUCUCUCCCCUUUGCAAUGGAUACCUGCAGGGUAAGAACCUGGAUGUUCCUGCUCCUGUUGUGGCAGGAGGGCUGCUUGGCAUCCCAGUUCCCAACACAGCUCAUGAUUAAGGAAUGGGUUGAUCAAAUGCAGAAGGAGCUCGUCACCUUGGCAGACACAGCCACGGCUGGGAAGAGCCUCACUCAGAUUUUUCUGAGAAACAAGCAUCUCUAUUCUGUAGAGCAAAAUGACGCAGAAGAGCUGGUGGCCAGAGCAGCCAGGAACAUAGAACAGCUGUUGCGGAAGAGGUCUGCUGCCUUGGAGUUUAACACCAGGGUGAAGAAUACAGCCUGUUUUGACCAUCUGGUUCAGGCCAAUGUGAGGAAUAAAAAGCUGCUGAAAGAUGCUGUGCAGAACAUCACAGCCAAAGGAAUUACAAAUUACACAAAAGGCUUCGAGUUUGCUUUUGAGCAGCUCUAUACGACUAAUGUGAGCAGCGCAAACUGCAACAAGAUCAUCAUGCUGUUCACUGACGGAGGAGAAGAACGAGCUCAGUCCAUUCUGCAAAAAUAUAAUUCAGACAAAAAGGUCAGAAUCUUCACCUUCUCAGUUGGACAACACAACUAUGAUAAAGGACCAAUCCAGUGGAUGGCCUGCUCCAACAAAGGUUACUUCUAUGAGAUCCCUUCCAUCGGAGCCAUCAGAAUAAACACACAGGAAUACCUAGAUGUCCUGGGAAGGCCCAUGGUUCUUGCAGACAAACAGGCCAAACACGUCCAGUGGACUAAUGUAUAUCUUGAUGCCCUGGAACUAGGUCUGGUUAUUACAGGAACACUGCCUGUUUUCAACAGAACAAAAACCAUCGAUGACAAGAAUGAAGAGCAUCAGAAUCAGUUGAUUUUGGGUGUAAUGGGGAUUGACGUAUCUCUUGAUGACAUCAAGAAACUCACACCGCGCUUCACAAUUGGUCCCAAUGGAUACUACUUUGCUAUUGAUCCCAACGGAUAUGUUCUGCUGCAUCCCAAUCUCCAGCCUAAGAAAAGGAUUCGUAACAGGAAACUAAGGCUCAAUAAUAAGUACACUGUCACAUUUCAUGAGGAGCCUGUGACCCUGGACUUCCUUGACGCUGAGCUGGAAAAUGACAUAAAAGUGGAGAUUAGAAGAAUGAUGAUUGAUGGGGAGAUAGGAGAAAGCACUAUUGAUACUUUGGUGAAAACUCAAGAUGAGAGAUAUAUAGACAGAGGUGUCAGAACCUACACAUGGGCUCCAGUCAAUGGAACAGAUUACAGCCUGGCCCUUGUUUUACCUAAAUACAGUGAAAACUUCAUUCAAGCUAAACUUGGGGACACUAUAAAACAAGCUAUCUCUUCACCUUGGGGGACAGAAGCCAUGGAGACUUUGCAGCUGGAGAGGUUUGAUGAGUUUGGUUACACCUACAUUGCCCCAAGGGAAUACUGCAAAGAGUUGAAGCUGUCACUCAACAACACCCAGUUUCUCCUCGACUUCAACCAGUACAUUGAUAGAAAUACUACAGAUGCAUGCAAUGAGUCCCUAGUGAAACGACUGAUCCUGGAUGCAGGUCUGACAGCUGAACUGGUUAAAGUUUGGAAAGAACAGGCAGUAGAUGGAAUAGUAGCGAGAUUUGUCGCAACAGAUGGAGGAAUCACAAGAGUUUAUCCAAGAAGUGCUGGAGAAGAAUGGACAGAGAAUCCUGAGACAUAUGAGUCCAGCUUCUACAAGAGGACCUUGGAUAAUGAGAUAUAUAUUUUCACAGCUCCGUAUUUUAACACAGAGGUCAGGGAGCCUGUGUCUGAAUCUGGUAUACUGGUGAGCAAAGCAAUAGACCUCUUCCUCGAUGAAGUCAUGCUCAAACCAGCAGUGGUGGGAGUCAAACUCAAUGUCUCAUUCUGGAUGAGCAGUUUUAUCAAUGCAACAUUGAAACUUAAUUGCAAGGAUGAGAUUUGUGGCUGUCUCAGGAAUGACAAGCAUGUGGAUUGUGUAAUUUUAGAUGAUGGAGGAUUUCUUCUCAUGUCAAAUCAAGAAGAGUAUAUCUCUCUGAUAGGUCAGUUCUUCGGUGAGGUGGAUCCAGUGCUGAUGAUAAACUUAGUCAACACAUCCCUGUACUCUUUCAACAAGACAUAUGACUAUCAGUCCGUGUGUGACCCAGAAAAAGACAAUAAGGCAGCAGCAGGACCCCGCUCCAUAUAUGUGCCUACUAUUGCAGACUUGCUCAGUAUUGGCUGGUGGGCCUCUAGUGCUGCUUGGUCAAUACUUCGUCAGCUUUUCUUCGGUCUUCUGUUUCCUAACCUUUUAGAAGCAGUGGAGUCAGCUGAUGACGAAAUACCAGAUGCCAUGUUCAAAGAAAGCUGCAUCACUGAGCAGACUCAGUACUUUUUUGACAAUGAUGAAAGAUCAUACUCAGGUGUACUAGACUGUGGAAACUGCUCCAGGAUGUACCGUGCUGAGAAGCUUCCAAACACCAACCUUGUGUUUCUGAUCACUGAUGCCAAGGCGACAUGUUUAUCGUGUGACCCCCGGCCACUGCGACAGGCCGAGCAACCCUCUGAAGGACCAAACCCUUGUGAGCUGGCUGAGAACCCCAGAUACCGUAAAGGGCCUGAUGUGUGCUUUGACAACAAUGAAAAUGAUGAGCCAUUGUGCCCAAUCAGCCGAGGUUCCACACUCAGCACCAUACCUCUGCUCUUCUUUCUGUUUCUGACUGCUUGGAGGAUGAUUCUGAUUGUGGAGGAGGGACCCACCUAAACCCAAGUCGCUGGUCUGUGCUCGGCCUCCAACUGGUGUUCUGGCUCACCAAAUUUUUACAACAGUCAUGACCCCUAGACACACUCAGACGUUCACUCAUGCGCAGAUGAUCAUCAUAUUUCAUGGGAGGCCAGAAGACAUUCCUCUUGCACCAUACAGGAUGUAUGCAGAAACAUGUGCAACAUAAAAAAAAACUGUCUCAGCGUUUCCAUUUUCCAAUGCCAAAGGGUGCUCAUCCAUUUCCUCCUCAUCAUUUUUAAAAGAGGAAACAUCCUGUAUUUACUGAGAUCAGCUGAAACCAUUUACAUCAUCUACAACGUAAUCCUCUCUAUGGUGCAAAUGUAAGAGCUAACCAAACCCUUUAAUUCUGCCUCAUUAGUUGUUGUUUUUUCAUUUAUGAAGAUGGAAAUUUAUUCCACUAUGCCAACUGGAAACCACUCAAAUACUAUUUUUAUGUUUACUGACAGCAUAGAUUUGUGAAGUUGUCAUCAUUGUUCGUUUCUUACAAUACUUCACACAUAAUGGGGCAAUAUGGUGUAAAGAUUUUGU